AGAAUACAUCUUCGAUUUCGUUGGAAUAACUCAAUUUUUUAAAACAUGUUUAAAAAUUUUGUGAAUUCGUGAUAUAAGUACAGUUUACGAUUUCAACCAACAGGUGUUUUAAAAAAAAUUUCUGACCAAGAUUCAAGUUCUCAAAGUCUUCAGCUCUCAUUUGUUCAUUGGCGUUUGUGUUUAGCUGUGUUGCUGUCGAUCAAGAAUUCCAUGAUUUAGGGUAGGUUGUAAAAAAAAAAGUAUCAUUGCGAUUCCCCGAAGUUUAUGAUAAUUGUUCAAGAAACCGAACCGCGUUUUGUUUAUUGUCGGUGAACGCGAGUAGUCAGGACGGAACAUUUAUGGGAGGCCGCGCCACAUUUUGGUGCGCAACAAAUUGCAGUUUUCCUGGUCUAUAAAUCUUAAUGGAAAUUUGUCCGAAUCGGAUUGAAUUUAAUUGAGUAGUAAAUCAUAAGAUACAAUUAUCUUCAGUGCUUAAUUUGAACAGUCGGUGAAUUUGUAAUUUUAAGUAAUUAAUACAAUUUCUUUUUAUAAAUAACUUCGCGUGCUAAUUAGUGUGAGAUAUAUCUUUAACUGUGUUCACAAUUAAAUUGGAUCGGGUUCUCAACGUUUCAGGAUUAAAAAUACAAGUGAUUUUUCUAAGUAGAGGAAAUCUUUAGUUUUUGUGCGGGUUCGAAUCCCAGUGAGCCGAGUGUUUUUUUGGUGCCAGCUAUGCCUGAGAUGUCUAGUGUAUGUCAGGAGACCACCAGCACCCCGCCCUCCAUGUUCGGGAGCCGGGGUGGUCAGGGCCUGGGCCCCCCUCACGCCUACUACAAUCACUGUGGGGGGUACCAGCCCAACUCUGCACACGGCCAAUACUCACAUGAUGGCUACAGCCCGUACGCGGCGCCACAACCAGAACAGUCACCACACCAUCAGCACCACCUGCACCACCAACAACAGCACCAACAGCAACAGUCCUGGGGGUACAGCAUGGGCAUCGUGGGCAACAGCCGACCCGGGCAUGGGGUCGUCAAUGAUGAAUGGCAGCAGAAUUACCUGCUAGCCAGUAGCACGCCAACACAGGGCCACUACAACUACAACUACCGCACCCCCAACUCACACCUGCCUUUGGAUUACGCCUCACCUCUGUCUGCUGGGCCGGACACGAACCCUCAGGUGCUAGACGGCUCCCCGUCUCCAGAAGCCCCGUCCCCGGGGGAGCCCCCCGUCACGGGGAUGGGCCCCAACAACCAGGGCGCCAAGUCGCUGCGCCCGCCCUAUGAGUGGAUGAAGCCGUCAGCAUCGCUGCCUCAGUCAGGUCACGUGUCUCUUUUUUCAGGGAAGACCCGCACGAAGGACAAGUACCGGGUCGUGUACACGGACCACCAGAGGUUGGAACUGGAGAAGGAGUUCCACUUCAGCAAGUACAUCACCAUCAGGAGAAAGGCGGAGAUCGCUUCACAGCUGGGCUUGUCUGAGAGACAGGUAAAAAUCUGGUUCCAAAACCGUCGGGCGAAGGAAAGGAAACAGAACAAGAAGCGCCAAGAGCAGACGGACCUUCAAGGUCACAGCAACCCGGGCAGCGCGCACCACCUGGAGCCCCACCACAUGGAGCCCCACCACCAGCUCCUCCACGACGGCCACCCUUUCCCCAAGGCUGAGAAAGAGGACGACUUCUCCAUCAAGCACGAGCUCCCGUGUCACAGCUCCGCCCUCACGUCCUUGACCCCGCCCGGCCCCCUCCUCCACGCCGGUCUCCACAACCCGCCGGUGAUGCCCCCCGGGGUGGGGCGCAGCAGCCACGCGUCCCUGGCCCGGUACCACGAGGGCAUGAGGAGCUCGCCGGCCUCCACGGCGGAGGACAUCGCUUACCGGAUGACCAACGGCACCGAUUCUGCCGGCAACAGCAUGAACUUGUCCGGUUCUUCAGACAGCGGCGUCCUCUCCUCCCAUUGACAAUGACCAUGGCUCGAGACAUUCUCCGGUUCUUCAGACUGCGGCUUCAUCUCCUACAAUAGCUCGAGACAUUCUCCGGUUCUUCAGACUGCGGCUUCAUCUCCUACAAUACCUCGAGACAUUCUCCGGUUCUUCUAACUGCGGCGUCCAUCCUACCAUAGCUCGAGACAUUCUCCGGUUCUACUGAUUGCGGCUUCAUCUCCUACAAUAGCUCGAGACAUUCCCCAUGCUGUUCUUAUAAACACUACUCAUGUCCGAGUUGAAACAAUUGGAUUUAAGACGAACAUUGCUCAGACGUUCCCCCAUUUCCACAUAUUAUAAACACCGCUCACGUCCGAAUUAGUAAAUAAAAAUUGGAUCUAAGAUGAACAUUCUUACGAAACAUUCCUCAUGAUCUUCAUAUAAACAUCAAUCAAGUCCGAGUUAGUAAAAAAGUUGGAUUCAAGAUGAAAUUGUUACGAAACAUUCCUCCAUGCUCUACAACUACAACACAACCAAGCGAUAAUAAAACAUCAGGAUUGAAGAUGAAAUUGAUGGUGACAAUUGUUCGAAACUAUUUGCCGCCAUCCAAAUAAUUAGGCGUGAUUAUAGACAGGUGAAAUUGUGAGGUGAUUCAUGAGGCAUCGCCACACAACAAGGGCUGUUUUAAAUUAAUUAACAGCCUGCGAAAAUUAAUUAACCCGGAACUAAUUGUAUAUAAAUCAAUACUUGGACCAGAGACAUAUAACCCCUGACUUUAUAAAUAAACUGCAAUAUGUUUCGGUCGAGUGUCUUCGUUUGAUAUGGAAAAAUAUCAUUUGACAUAUCGUCACCCUAAAUGUUGCAGAUUUAAUUAUGAUUUAAUGCUUGGGCAAUCAGUAUCUACAUUCAACGUAUCCAUUUAACGUCACGGUUGUAAGCAAUAUAAGGCCAUAUUUUCUUGGUCUUUUUUUGUGAAUAAAAUGUUGAUUUUAAAAAUGAGAAUGUAGUGCGUGUGUUGAUAUGUAUGUAUGAAAUUUAUGUGCGCAAAUUGUUCAAAUAAUGCAUUAUACGAUAAUUGAUUUUUUUUCGCUCUUUCCUAAAUAUAAUAUGCGCAUUGCUUAUGUUAUCCAAAAAUGUUUGUUUCGGUCAAUGCAUGCCUCCACUUCAAUUUUGUUUUCCAUAUACCUAAAUGCUUAAUUGUAAAUACGAUUGUACAUAGAAGUGUAUACAUACUUGUGGAUGAAGUGUAAAGAAAAUUGAAGAUUGUUUUGUUGUUUAUUUAUUAAUUUCCUUUACUAAUACGAGAAACUAAUCCAGCUGAAGUUUAAAAUUGUCCUCAUUUAUUUGAACUGCUCAAUAUAAUUUCAGCUUUGCUACAUUGUAGUACUAAUCUAAGACAAUAUAAUGUAAAGGUUGUGGUACAGUUAUCAUUCAGUUGUAUAAUGGUGCUAUAGCUCUGCUGUAGUAAUGGUACCAAACCUGUAUAGUUAUAGUAAUUUUAUUAAAGUGCAGUAUUGGCACUGUUAUCGUUUACAUCAAAUUAUUAUUUUACCAGCUUUAUUCUCCAUUAAUAUGAAUGUCAUAAGGGCAUAGACUAAUUUUUGCAAAAUUAAUCAUUCGUAAGACAUACAUGCUUAUGAGAAUACAUAUAUAUUUUGACCAUUUUGUAAUAAACAAAAAUUAU